CGGCCACUUCAUUUGCACAUCAUGCCUAGACGAACGACGCAGCCGGCAUCUCCAGCACCCGAAGACAUCAAGAUACUGGCUCCAGAGGAUCCAGAUGCGUGGCCUUUGCUCGUUGCUUUUGACUUGGACUACACCCUAUGGGAUUUAUGGAUCGAUACGCAUGUGACACCUCCAUUAAAACGAACAGGAGACGAUAUCAACCUCUUGCAUGACCGCCGAGGUCAAGACUUUUCAUUUUAUCGUGAUGUCCCGUCUAUCCUUGCUGAGCUCAAGAGAAGAAGUAUACAUGUAGCGGCAUGCUCAAGGACCAGUGCGGUAGAGCUAGCUCGAGAGGCUCUGGGAAUGCUCCUUGUUCCCGGACAUGAGGGUGGUGGCAAGCCGGUCAAAGCGGUCACAUACUUCAAUACGAUGGAGAUUUAUCCAGGCUCCAAAUUGCGACACUUCCGCGAGGUCCACCGCAAAACCGGGAUCCCAUACGAUCAAAUGCUCUUCUUCGACGACGAACAUCGGAACUUUGAGGUCGAAUCGUUGGGCGUGACGAUGCAGCUUGUACCUUCUUCAGGAACGGAUCGCAAGCUGUUCGAGGCGGGUCUAGCUCUUUGGCGCAAGAGGAGAGGAAUAAGGAUCAAGACGAGCGACGAGGUUUGACAUUUACAUUGGCUGUCCAAUCACAUCGCACAUAUAGUCAUCAAGUCGUCAUUGCA